UUCUCAUUUCUCUCCUUUCAAGGUUCUGGCAAUUCAAAGUAUUAUCAUUUACCAUUUAAUUCAUUUGAUCAAAUCUGUUUUUGUUUCACGUUUGAAACUGGGUUUAUGGCUAGAUUUAGAGAAUUUUUCCGGGGUUGGUCCCCCGGACCCCCUUCCCCUGGGGGGUAUUCCAAACCCCCUGUAGUCGGGCCAGCCAGAGUUCCGGCACCUCAAAAUUUACAAAUUAAGCACUGGACAGCAGUGAAGCUCAAUAUAGCAUAUUAUGUCAAAGAAGUCGAUCACCGAUUUUCUGAUAUGCCAACCUUGUCAUUUCCAUUUUCCAGAAUGUGACAAUUAUAAAGCAGAAGUACAACAAAAAACUGUAGGUAUACUAUCUGACAAGCUUACUAAAUUCUUUACAGAUGUUUUCUGGUUUGAAAAAUUGAUUUUCCUUCAAAUCCAUUAUUCAAGAGAUAAAAUACGGUAGUUUAAGUGAGCCCAAUAAUGUGUCACGCUGAUCAAAGUGACCACUUGUCAGAGCUGUCAGUCAAAUAGGCUGAGUAGCCUAAAAGGGGAAUAAAGGUAGAACUAGACUCAUUAUUACAAUAUCAGUAAACCACAUGCAUUUGACGUGACACCAUGCCCAUCAAUGGUGUUUGCAUUCUAUUUCUUGCAAUGAGUAUAUCCUGUUCAGCUUUCAUAGCUAAAAAGGACAAAUUCAGUCUAAUAACUGAUUUUUACAGAAAUAAGGAGCCUCGUAUUGGAGUUUCUUUUCUCUGCUGGGGCAUUCAAGAUAAGUUGCGGCUGCUGCGUGCAGUGAUGGGUGAGGGAGUGAGGUUGGCGGUGCUCGACUUGCCAUUGGCCGAGGAGCUGCAGAGACCCGGUUGGCUGGAGGCGGCGCUCAGGGUGCACACCUACCUUGCAGUCGCCGUCGACCUCGACUGUCCCCGCGCUGACGCUCUUCUCUCUGAGGUACACUCGAAAAACAUCAAACCAAAGUUUAGUUAUUGA